GGCGGCGAAGAGAGGACGACUCCGAAAUAACCAAUCAGAGUCGUCAGUGUAGAAACUCUUUCAUAAAAGAAACACACUUUGUGUCUCGUCUGUGUCUCCAGCAGUUUGAUAAAGACUUCAUUUACCAUUGUGUGGUGUAUUUAGAUCUAGAAUUGACUUUCUAGUUAUCUGAGGAAUUGUUUUCGAAUGGAUAUAUAAUAAGCCUGUGUCCGAUUAACUUUACAUCUAGACUAGACUAAAUGUAUGUGACAUUUUAUUUUUUCUAUUAUCUAAUCUAGAUCUAUUCUAGUGUAGAUCUAUAUAGUUUAUAGGCCCUAAAUCUUUAUUAUGACUAUAGUUAUAGAUAAACUGUGUAUCAACUAACAAGUGUAUGUGAUUUGCUUUAAUUUCUUUAUCAGAUGAUUGUGAUAGGAAUCUAAAUAGAUUUACAUUGAUCUAGAUCAGUGUACACUCCUAGAUCUAGAUAUUUAUCCAUCAUGAAAGACCAGAGUGUAAAAGAGUAGAUUCUAGAUCUAGGUCUACUCUUAUUUUCAAAGAGUAAAAAAAAUGUGACUGUCAAUGUUUGAUGUCAAUGUUUGAUGUCAAUGUUUGUGUUUCAAAUCUUGUUUGACAUUGGAUUUUGAAUGACGUGUCAAGAAAUGGAUUGGCUACUGACCAGUGCGGCAACCUGGCUGUUAAUAUCUCUAUGUGUCACAGCGUACCCUCUUAAUGGCACCGAGGAUGCAGCAUCUGCCAUCUUCAAAGAGACCCCAAAUGAAAAGAUAAAGUUUAACUUGGAUAUCUUUCGUCUUAAACGAGACGCAGAAGAUGAAGGCACAAAUACUCUGGGAGAAGCUAGCAGCCAGAAAGGAGAAGACAGCUCUGAAUCAAUAUCUCCAACCGAAGACGAGGAUAAGAAAGAUAAAACUGAAGAAGAAAUGGAAAAAGACAAAGAAGAUGGGAACGUUAGCAAAAGCCAGGGAAGCACAGACAAUGAAAAUGAUGAAAGUAAUGACUCAGAAGAAGAAAACGUAGACGAUGGAUCUAAUCCUUUCAAAGGAACCAAAAAUUUACGCGCGGACACUGCCCAAUCUGGUCUAAAUAAAGCUGCACCAGAAAAAGAAGAAAACACAAACUUGACAGAAAGAAGUCCCGGCAUGCUCCGAGCCCAGAGGAUGACAACUAAACCUUCGAUGCAAUUAAUCGGUAUAGUAGUAGGCGUCAUCCUGUCCAGCGUUCUUCUCACUGGAUUCAUACGCUGGAGAGUCAAGAAACACUUGGAUGGCAAAAAGCUACGCAAGCUUGCGAAGGCUGACAAGAGGGCGAGUUUUAAGCACCUUAUUGAAAAGCAGGAGGGCCUCAUGGAGACGAUCUUUGAGUGUGACGAAACUCGGGGCGCUCCCUUGCCGCAACAAGCCGUCAGUAGAACUAGAAGGCGAGGCGGCCGUAAUGCAGCGCCCACACCUCGAAGGCCGUGGUUACUCUGGAUUAUCUGUGGUGAGAAAUCUUCUGAAAGUUUGAAAGCGCCAAAAAGAAGUAGAGCCCCUCCUCGAACCAGGUUGCAGAAGCAUUGUGUGGAUGAAGGCUGGAAUUUCUCUGUGCCUCAGCUACAUUCCUCCCAUCGCGAAUCGUAUCCAAGACACGACAGACCUGAUCACGAACAUCUCAAUGUGACAGAUCCGCUGCUUAACCCCCUAACGCAUUCAAGCCUCGCUCCUCCCCCAGUGGCCCCAAUACGCAGGAGCCCUUCCCCGGUAAGAAACGUCAUGGAGUCCAUCAAGAACACUGUCUUCACCUUCCACCGAGAUUGGGUGGGCAGACGGUGGCUCGAGAGACACAACCUCAGCAUAAGUGGAAUACUUCACGGAGGCGGAAGUCAAAGCCAGCAAAAUAGCACCGACGAAGAAAUCCAACGUAACUCUGAAGAAGAUAUGUCCAUCUCAUCCGAAAGAGAUAGCUGUUCAGUAGCUUCAGAGCUGCAAGCCUUGGAUCUCAGUGGAAGCAAUCCUUCAUUUAACAUACCUCUCUCGAGAAAUUCUAACACGUCGGUUACUACCUUAGAUGAAAACGCAAACAUCACUUCCUCUUUUCGAAAUGAGAUCUUGUCUAGAAGUGCCCAGGAAGCCAACACUUCUCAAUACCCGGCGUACGUUAUAAACUCCUCCUAUAUUGUACAGAAUGUAGCGCCACCUAGUUAUUCCCAGUCUUCAAGGCGACCAUCAACCCCAGUCGCGAUCAGAAACGCCAACAGAAAUCAGCAACGGCAAUCAUCCUCUCCGAGCCCGGUGCAAAACGCCAACAGCUCCAGAGCAGACGCUCGUGACAGAAGCUUCACUGUACCGUUGACUGACUUAAUUUCUGAACACAGUCGUAUCCGGUUAAGAGAAAUAGCUAGCCAUGUCAGGAGCAACUCGCAGAGCGACAUAAACAUGGCCCACUCUCAGUACGUUCUGGUGACACCCUUGUCUGGCGAAUUCUCCCAAAACUCUGGAGUCGUUCUGGAACAAUUAUCAGACGGAUCAAAAAUUAUUUUUGUCCCAUCGCCAUUCCUGCCAGGUUAUCACAACGACAACCCUCCCCCCUAUAACUUUACUAUAGUAUAAUGUUUACUGACCUCAAUCGUAUAGAUUCUAUCAAUCUGAUAAUAGCCGAAUUCAUUUUUUUUUCGUUGACCUACUGAGAGACUCAUCAACUUGUUUCAAGCUGGAAUAUUGCCAAAAUUUCACAAGGACUGCAAGCUAUGACUGAAAUGCAUGUAGCCUACUGUUAGCUAAGUAAAGUCUCCUUUAGUACCCUUUUUUUAUAUGGGGAAGAUAAUGUAAAGGUCGUCUGUGGCCCACGGUUAACGAGGGUGUCUUGUGGCCAGCACAACGACAAACCACCUUUUCCCUAACUAAUAUCUGGUACUCAUUAGAACUGGGUAGGUAGACCCAAAGGUGCCCUAAAGAUCCCGAAAUUAGCUUUGUAGUAAAUGUUAAAUGAUGUUAUAGAGACCAAAAUACUUUCAAGACUGCCGUUGACAUGUCAUGUUAAUUAAAUGCUUUAAAGUCGGACAAUAUUUACCAGAUGUUUUUUGUUCUCCUAAUUUGAAACCUCUGGGUAAUGUAAAACAUUUCUAUGAAAACCUAUCAUCAUCAUCUCUCUAUAUAUAGAGGCAUGUAUAAGUGUAUACUCAAGUCUGUGAUUCUCAUAUAAUAUGAUACAAGGUGGCCACACUUUGUCAUCUAUAAUCAUCUAUAAUGAUGAAUUCCCCACCACCACCCCCCACACACCUUAGUGAACUAAUCAUUUGUCCAUCAGAAAGCCCUGCACUUCAUGGACUCGGCUCUUCUGCGUCUGGUUCAGACCAAAGGUUUGGAACUCGUUCCCAGUUGAGCUCAGACAUUCCAAAUGCUUCAACUCCAUUCUAGAACAUCGCCUCACCCGUUCACUAUUUAUUUAGAUUAGAUGUGCCCUUUUUUCUUUCAACUCUUUUGUUUCGGAAGUGUGUGUCUGUUGUGUUCUCUUAACGCCAUGAGCCUACACUUUGUUUAUUGUCAGCGUUCUAUAUAUGAUUAGAAUCUUCGGACUCGAAGACUAGCCUUACUAUUAUUAUUAUAUAUGAAUAGAUACAUAUAUAUAUAUAUAUAUAUAUAUAUAUAUAAGUAAACAGCGAUACCUUAAUAGGUCUAAACGUUGCUUUUAUUAUUACGGUGACUGUCUUGUAGGCCUACAUAUAGCUGUUCUGUCAAGAGUGCCUCCUCCCCCCAAAAAGGAGUCUGUGUUUGCUGGGUGGGGUCAUUUGUAUUCUUACAGUAUUACCCGUGUUUUAUAGUGUAAUGAUAUUGCCUAAUAAUGUCCCGUUACUACAAUGCAGAUGAGGCCUAUAGAAACACUAUGUUAUAUUCAUGAAACAUGUAUAACUUUGUUGUCCACUAUGUUCACCGAAUGGUGUACUUAGAGAAGUAUGAACAGUGAUGUUUUACAUGUGGAAAUAGUUUUUAUAUAAACAUAGUUGAUGCACUCGCACCUGAAUCUCAAAAAAGAGGGUAUUGUUGGCAAACAAUUUGGAUAUGGACAAACAAACAAAAGAAAGACAAGCAAAUAUAUUUUUUAAAAAUAAUUUUAAACGAAUCAGAGGUUAUCUAAAGGGGAUGAACUCCGUCCUUAAACUAUAUCUAACAACAAUGUACAAGCUAUUUCCCUUAUACGAUAUCUAACAAAAUUAUUAGUAGACUAAUUGAGUAUUUUUGUUUAUUGAUUCGUGUUUUGUGAAGUUCAAUAAAUAAUUGUUUAAAGUAUCAACUUGAUUGGAGAAUGCGUGAGGGAGAAAUAGCGUUAACAAUUAUUUAAUGGGACUAAACCCAACAUAUUUAGCCAUAUCUGUGCAUACUGAAUUAUUAGUUCCCCUUGUUGCUAUUAAACAAAAUAAUGAAUCGUCAAUUCGUUACUUUUUCUUUUAUUGAUUCGUGUCUUGUUGUUUGUCAAUGAAUAAUUGUGCGAAAUUUUAGCUUGAUCCGAAAAUGGUUGUGAGAGAAAUAACGUGUACACACUUUUUACCAGACAGAAAGAAUGAGUAUACAUAGGCUUUGUAAAAAAAAAAAAAAGGGUCUAGUUUCAUAAGGGACCAUACACACACUGCUCGCCUUCCUACACUUAAAUGUGUAACUACAAGUGGAAUACCUUCUAAUCCAGGGAUGGCUCUUUUUAACAAAUUUGGAAAGCGUGGGCUUGUCACUUUAUUGCACUACCGCAUCCUGGCGACGCUUCUGUGUAAUUAUAUCGUAAUGUGUCGUGUAAAUGAUUUUAACUAGACACGAAACAUUAUUUAAAACGUAAUAUUUUCAAGUGGUCACCAUAGUAACUGCUUUUGUGUUUUGUUUUCAUGCGUUUUAUUCUAUUACUACACGUGAAUGUAUGCUGAAUGAGUUACAGACAUAAUGUGUUAAUAAUUUUGUAGCAUUGACUGUGAUCAAACUGGUAACAUUGACUCUAUGCUUGAAUGAGUUACAGACAUAAUGUAUUAAUAAUUUUGUAGCAUUGACUGUGAUCAAACUGGCAACAUUGCAUGAUUAACUCGGGAUAUGUACAUAUUUUUACAUCAUUGUUAUUGACGCAGACACAGCCUGGUUUGGUUGAACUUCUUCAGCUUGUAGGUCUUAUCAUGUUUACAACUCAAUCAGGUGAAAUAAAUAUUUUUAUCUCUCUUGUA